GGGGAAACAAUGAAAGCGAAGCUUGGAGUUGGAGCACUGCGAUCAUCGGUCUCAGGCACAGUCACCAAUGCUGCGCAAAGGCAUGAUGAGGAGGAGAAGCGCCGCUGCGGAGGACUGCGCCGAUUCGGGAGCUGAGACCGGAGGAUCUGAUUCCAGCAGGAUGUCUUCAAGUAGUGAACUGGUGCAAGAAGAGAGUCAGGACCCUUUUCAGGUAACUGUACAUCUUCUUGCAAACCCUGGUGAAUCUCGAGGAUUACAGCAAACCUUGGACUGUCUGUUGCAUUGGAUUAGCCCAGAUAUCCAGUUGUUUCAUGUUUCGGAGAGGGCAAGUCCAAUAAUACAUUGCAAGUCACAGCACAGAAAAAACUCUGGUUAUCCUUCUCUCUCUGUUAUUCUGUUCCUACAUGAAGACUUUGGUGAAGAACGAAUUUUGCAAGUUCAUGACUUUUUCCAGGGCCCACCGUGGCAGUAUCAUCACAGUGAGAGCGUUGGUGGAAAAAUUCUUCCUUAUAUGAUUUGCUGUCAGGACUUCUAUUCUUUGGAUGCUAACAUGCCAAUCUGGGCUGUAAGGCAAGUACAUUAUGGAAACGAAAUCCUGCGAAUCACUGUGAGCUGCAGCUAUGAAAAUUUUGAGGAUGCUGUCAAACUCUAUGAAUUAAUUUUGCACAAAAAAGCUGCUGUGCAAAAAACGGAUUUUUGCUGUUUCACGGUAUACUCGAGCCACAGUUUCUGUAUUCAGCUUUCGUUAAAACAAUUGCCACUUGGCAUUCCAGUUGAUCUUAAAGAAUCAGCAGUGCUACAGUUCAGAGUGCAUGCAAUAGGAGAGUUGGUGCCACUUCUUCCAAAUCCAUGCAUCCCCAUCAGCAACACCAGGUGGCAAACUGAAGACUAUGAUCGAAACAAGAUCCUCUUCCAAGUCAGAGGGAGCAUUCGACACUCGGACAGAAACUGCUCUGCUGGUCAAGUGCACGGCAACGGUGGUUUUAGCAAUCACUCGUGUAGUUCAGUGUCAUGCAAUCAAAAUUCACUUUCAGAUAAGUGGCCCGACAAUCAAAUGCCUCAUGAUAGGAACAAAAUGUUCCCUGCUUUAACAGCAGAUGCAGAAGAAAGGAAGGAUGUGAAAGGCAAACAAAGGAACAAUUUGACUGGAAUGCUGGACAGAAAUGAAAGCAGCACAUCAGAGAGUUUGUGCAGCACACCCAAAAGCAGCUCCUGUUACUCAUCACAACGCAGCAGUCCAGCAACAACAUCUCGCAAUGAUUUAUCAUUCCAUUUCAACACGCCUAUAAAGGUCCGAAACCUUGAUCACGAAACUACCACUGGAAUACAAAAUGCAGAAACAGAUGUUGACACUGGAUUCAUUGUUACAAAGUCAAAUCCAUUUACUGGUGCUAGCCCCUGUUCUGUAUCUGUACUUUCAGCAGGUAAAAAGAAUAGUCUUCCUAAUUCAGGUGUAAAAAGUUAUGCAUUAAAACCAACAGUAAUGUCUUCUGAGACUAACAGUAUUUUAAUCAAAAAGUGGCAGACUUCAGAUGAGGAAGAAAAGCCGGCAUACAUUUGUCAGAAAUCACCUGAAGCACCCUGGCAGUUUUGCGAAAAUAGUACAGGGGAAGAAGAGUUUUUUAUUUAGACAAAUGUUAUCUUAUUAAAUCUCACUUUGAUCUGUCAGGUGAAAUUUCUUUGUUAUAAUGCACAAAUACUUGCAAGAGGUAACAUAAUGGAACAAUAAAUUACAAUCAUUUUGUCAUCUUUUAAAGCAAAUAUACAUCUGACUCGCAUGUUUUCAUUAAUUCUGUUAACAUUUCACUUGCACUGUGUGGAUUUAUCCUGUAAAAUAGAACAAAAUCCAGUCGUCUGACAAUGAAAUUUUCUUCAAAUUAUAUAUCAUUAUUAAAUGAAUAAUUUAAUUCCAAUGUUAGCUUGGAGUUGCAGAAACUGCACAUAAUUUGUAGCUCUAAUCUGCUAAAGUAAACACCAGCAAAAAGUUUUUUUUGCUGUUUUGUCUAAACUCUAUGAUGUACAUACUAAAGUCACUAUAGGGCCUACAUAAGGAUGUCUUUUAAAAUUUUUAAGUUAAGAGUAACUUGCUGCCUGUUCGGAUUUUCUUCUGUUAUUUGUCAAGUCUGGAUACUAGUUUGGCAUUGGAGGUCAGUUGUAUGGAGGAUUUAAUGUGUUGAACAUUACAUGAAUAUCAAUAUAUCCACCACACAGUUUGUGAUUUGAGUUGGUGAAUGCUGUUAUUUCAGUCCAUCUCUGCUCAGUACGAAAACAUAAAAUGCUGGAGAUAUUCAGCAAGUCAGGUUGGAACUGUGGGAAGGAGGAGGAGCAGGGUCAAUGUUUCUGAUGAAGGGUCUCUGACCUGAAAGUUAACUGUUUCUCUUCCCGCAGAUGUGGCCUGACCUGCUGAGUAUUUCCAGGAUUUUCUGUUUUUGUUUUAGAUUUCCAGCAUCUGUGGUUUUUAUUUGAUUUUCAUCUCUGCUCAGUAACUUGAACAAGUCAUUAUCUUCUUGUACCAUAAGCACUUGCCAUUUAAAUAAAGAGAAAGAAUUUGAGGUGAGAUCUGAAAAUUUAUUUUAUUUCUAACAGUUUAGUAAUUUUUAAACAGAAUCCUUAUGGUGAAUUUUUAAAAUAUAUUAAACUUAAGUGAUUUUGCAAAAGGAGUAAAAGUUGAUCAAUUUAGAAAACUUUUUCAUCACCAUUAUAGAUGACAAAUUCUACAGGGUUUUUUUUUGUAAUUGGUCACACCCCCUACCCAACUCUCCUCAGUCAGUUCCUUCAAGGAAACAAUUCCAUUUAAAUUUCAAAUAUGGCUUUGAAAAUUAAUUUUCUGUAACAGGAUGUAUUUUAAAUUUUGAAAUAGGAAAUCCAGAAUAUUUUGAAAAUGUAGUUAUAAAAAUACUGUAAUCAUGAAAUAAGGAGAGGUUUACUGUAUGAGAAGCUUAUGUCCUCACCAUCAAAUCUUCCCGCUGUCUCUGGCACAGAGGUUAGGAAGGUGGUAAUUUUGAAUUACUUUAAACACUGCAGUUUGCUGAAUUGGGAAUGUAAUGGCCAGAGGGUAUCUAGUCCCAAUAGCUGCAGGGCCAAAGAAAACACUUUUGCAGUUCACUUCAUUUUAAAUGCACUUUUUCCCAUCUCUACUUCGAAACCACCACCACUGAGAAGGAUAAAUGCAAUGAGUGCUCUGGGAGGCUUUCAAAUCCAAGUGCCUUUCCAACUUGUCCCUCCUCCUGAGUGAUCUAUAUCAGCAUUUAUUCUUCACUGAUGAAUAAAUGGGUCAAUAUCACCCAUUUUAACAUCAUUGAGAGCUGCAGGAGUGCAGCAGUUCAAAGAAGCCUAUCUCUGGCAUGCAGGAGAUGCCAGUACGUGCACCCUUGCCAAACCCAUCCAUACUUUUCAAACAAAUUGCAAAGAGUAGGUCAGUAUCGGUAAGGGGGAAAGACUUGGGAUGAAUUCUGGAUGUUCUGAUAAAAUCGUAUCCAAAAUAUUGACAUUUUUCUUUACAGGUGCUGUGAAUUUUCAACAUUUUGCAUGUUUAUCAUUUUCCCAGCAUUUAUAAUUAUCUCUAUUGUGUUUAAUAAAAUGCAAUUGCUGUUUGAU